AUGGCUACUGCUCCAGCACCAGCGUCGAGACGGAUCCAGGCACAGCGGAGGUACAGCGGGGAUCCGGGUGUGGACGCCUACUGGAGGGCCUUUAGGAGGCGCAAAUUGGAGACAAACAACUACUUUGCAUAUCAUCGAGCGGGCCGUACACUUGCUCUGUCAGCAUCCGCACCGUGGGACAGAGUGAAUGAACAGCCAAGCCUGCGGCUCGUGGACGAAGGAACAAAACACCUUCCACAGAGCUGGGACGAGAUUUAUGCAGACCUCGACAUACCGGCCCUGCAGGAUUCGCAGAGACGAAACAGGCUACGGGUAGGACGGGAAAGGGGCCCACCAAGCGCGCGACAGCAGCUAGAAAAUCGACAAAGCGCCAUCACGAUGAGAAGUCUCCUUCGCAGCAUGGGAUGCAACGUUCGACUCCUGCGCGUCCUUGGUGAAGGUAGCAACGGAAUCGCCGGGCUAUUUGAUAUUUACGAUCAAAACACCGGGACACGCAAGAGAUUUGUUGCGAAAGGAGCAAUACCACCGGCUACUUUGACCAACGAGAAGGCCGUCCACGAUUAUCUGCUUCGAGCGCAGCACAUCGUCCGCAGGUACCGGCUCUGCGGAGAGCUACUGCCACCCACGACCGAAGCCGGCUGGCUGAGGCUGAGGCGGUUGGAUCAAGAUCCUGGUAUAUUGUUCAUGGAGUUCAUGCAGCACAGCGACAUGUGGUCGCUGAUCGCCAAAUGUGCGAGGGAAAGAGUCAAGGUCCCUAAUCGCCAGCUGCUCAGAAUUUUCAACUGUCUCGUAAGGGCGUGCAUCGCGAUGGAGUUUCCACCCAGGCGUAGAUUCGGAUUUCGGGGUCGAGAGGACUGGUCCAUCAGUGACGCUGAGGCCAGGAUAUAUCUUGAGGAGAAUAUCCCACGGCCACCGGACAAUACUCGCGGAUUCGGUCUAGUUCACUUCGAUUUGGAUCCCCAGAACGUUUUCGUCGGUGACUACGACACGGGGAAGCAUCGAUACGGACCCUAUUUUAAAGUUGGUGAUUUUGGCACUACGACACGUAAUACGAGCAGUGUUUUUAGAGACCCCCCAGAAGCCUUUUGGCGACGCAGAUUCGGCAAAUUGUUUUAUCAUCUGCCUGAACAAUUCCAUCAGGAGUGGGACUAUGUAGACGUCCUUCCUCAGCAGGAGAACCCUAGACCCAGGAUCGCGGGGAACUACGGCCCGGCGAGCAAUGUGUGGCAUAUCGGGAUGUGCCUUCAUGAUAUGAUUACACACCAUCUUCCUCCAUACCCUCCUGGAGCUGUCGGGCCCCUUAACCAUCCUGACUUGGAAAACGGCGGGGGCUUCUAUUUUACACAGGAUACACCUUGGGUGACGGAUGCGUGGAACCAAAGGGUUGGGCCGUUCUAUACCCACGGUUCCCGUUUGUUGUCCCAAGAUAUCAAUAUUGUUCUGAAGGCGAUCCUUGUCCGCUGCCUCGCCGACCAACCAGCCGAUCGGCCGACACUUGCUGAACUCCAAAGGUAUGUGGAGCGUUUCGAAAGGCUGCCACAGAUGGGACAUCCUGAUGACUGGUUCCGGAAUGCGUACGCCACACCUGUAGAUCCAUCAACUCAUCCAUUUGACCCGGACGUAGAUCCUAACCUAGCCGCGCAGGCGCAAGGGGUUGGAUCUUUCCGAAACGUUGUCGACACUGCCCCCGCAAAUCCUAUAACGACUGAAGACCCUCUUCAAUCGGCGGACGGUACGCCGGAUCCAAACAUCUUGGCUCGCAGCCUCACCGCAGUGGAUCCAGCAGCUCCUCUGAAUCUUGACCCUACACAGCCAGUAGGAAGUGCUGGUUUCUUCGCAAGCUUGGCUGCCAGGAUGAAUUCUCUGGCGGGGAGUAUAUCUCAGUCGCUCCAGAGUGUAGCUUCAAUGAGCCAAGCAUCGGAACCUGAGCCAGGAACGCGUCUUCCGAGAGAGCUGUUACUCAGCAACCAUAAUCCAGCAGGGGAUGUAGAUGUAGGGCUCGGGGCAGACCAGAUAAACACAAGCCAACCAGAUGUGGUAAUAGGAUCAGCACCGACGGGGUCAUUCCGGAAUCUGAGCUUGAGUGGGAGUGGGAGAACAAGCUCAUCGAUAGUGUCGUACGUUGGCAGUUCUGUGUCUGACCUGAUAAAUCCUAACAGCCCACCGGGAGGUAUGCCCCUUGGAUCUCGUUAUAUCGAGGCAUACCCUCUUGUUUACUCAAUAAAUGGUAUCGCACCACCACCUCCUGGCUUUGUUCCAGGCCGAAUGAUUCCGGAUCCGCUUCCACUACCCCGUGGGAUGAUGUAUCCCGCCGGGCUUUUUCCCAUACGGGUUGCAGAUGUCGAUCAAAGCCAAGGUGAAGUUCCAAAUUCUGUGAGGAGCGUUCCACGUGAUUAUUUCAAUAGAAAAGACUGUGAUUUUUCAGAGCAAGAACUGUCAGAAUCGUCCUUCUACCCUGGAACGAAGAUCUUGAGCAAUGUAGAACAGCCUAAGAACUGCUCGUUAAUGCCCUAG